AUGUCGACGGCGUAUCGUCCCCCAUCCGUGGAUGAUGUCCAAGGUAGCUACACGGACGACGCACCAAGCCCAAAUCAAGGGUGGCUAGCCUCGGGCCCGAGCGACGGACUCAUGCGCGCCAUGGACACCGUCCCGGCGCCGGCGUUGCCCUCGUCGACGUCUGUACACGACGCCAGCGAUAAGAUUGCGCCUAAGGGACAUCACAUGCCGGUGGACGACACGUCAACACCUGGGAAUCCGCGAUCCCGCCCGAGGAGCGCGACAGUCCGGAGGCACUCGUCUCUGCCCGCCUCUGGCCCAGAGUCGCCAACGCGACGUCGCACCUCUGGCAUGGAGUCUACCCAAACCACGCUUGAUGAAGUGAUUGCUGCGGACCCGGAAUCCUCUUCAGACGAGACGGUGGUCCCCACGGACACAAGUGAAAUAGAAGAACAGCCGGGCUAUCCAACAUCGCCCACCGAGUCUACGUUGUCCAGCUUCACGCCUCUCACGGGAAAAACUCACGGGUCCGGCAGCUCUAGCGGCAGCGGCUCAACCAUCACCCAAGCUUCGUGGCCAAGACGACGAGGAAGUGAGAAGUCGAGAGGGCACGACAAGGCCUACCUCAAAGGCCGUCGACAGAGCCGUUCACCCCAAACGCAACAGCUAUCCAGUGUUCUUAGCUACCUUGAACCAGACUCGCCUCACCUAACUCCAGAGGCCAUCCAGCGCUCGGUCGAGCAGUCAUCGUAUUGGAGGAUGCCUGACCCAUCGAGUUUCCAGUCGCCAUCGACAAGGAGCACCACCUCAACCGCGUCCGAUGUCUUCUCGGAAAUGACUGGAGAUCAUGAGACCGACAGGAGCAGCAGUCCGGACCACAGCGCCUACGGCGACUCGCCGUCGAUGCCUGGCAAGUUCGAGGUGCAAAUGGCCACAGCGCAACAACAACAGGAUUACCGCAGCUAUGGCACGCCCGAGAUGCCGCGUGGGAACGCCAACUUCCCGCACCUACCCCCAAACGCCCUUCAGCCGCGUCUCCCCGGUGUUCACCACGGUCAUCCCAAGCACUUGCCCAGGGCAGAAAAGCUGCCGCUGACGGGCUAUGAGUUGAUUGCCUCUAAGCUGUGCUCCUCCGACUCGGACAGGUCCAGCAUCAAGCCAAUCUACCGUCGAUUCGAGGCGCUUAACCACCGGUUACUCCUGCACCUUCAAGAUGAGCUUGCCGAGCUGGAAGAGCAGCUUCAUCGUCUGGACACGGCGGACACGCAGACGCGUCGAAUGCAGAACUGCAUCUUGCCCGCCUCAAGGAGACAAGACGCCCUCACUGCCGGCGAACUUCAAUGGCACAAGACGGAUGUCCUGGGCAAAAUUGGCUACAAAAUCAGCCAGUACAACCAAGUCCUCUCAUCGUUCAAAGACACCCAGCACCUCCCCACGCCAAAUCCCCAAGACGUGGAUUUCUACCGCGCCUACCUCGCCAACCACAACCCCAUUGUCGAGAUCGAAACCCGCUUCCUGGAUCCCUUGGACGACCUCGUCUCACUCGCACGCCCUGCCUCCAGCCCCUCCCGCGAGUCCGUCUUCUCCAACGACGACCUCAAGACCCCGCAGCCGCGCAAUGCGAGGCUUCCCCCUUGGACCUCGGAGGGCGCAACAGAGCCGAACGUGUGCGCCGUCUGUUGGUCGCCGCUCUCACUGGUUUUCUCCCUACCGUCGCGCUCGCUUUUGCGGCGGCGUUCUUGCUUCCUAUUCUUACGUUCGCCGUCAUUCCUGGUUUCAUUGGCCGAAUGGCCGUGGUUCUUCUUGUUGCCGUUGGUGUUGCUGCGGGCGUAA